UCUUAACGGAUCCCCGGGGGUCAGGCAGCGGCCGGUCGCCGGGCUGGACCCGGUGGUUGAGCCGCUGGUUGAGGCUGUGUUGAUCUCUGCCAGACUCCGUUCAUAAAUCUCUGGUUUUAAGCUGUUCGGCGGAAAAUACCUGCAGGUGUGAUGGAGGUGGACAUCCUGGAGUUCCGGGUUCCGGUGGAGAACAACAGGACGGUGUUUGUGUGGGAUAUCCCUCCGUGUCACAGCGAGGACCAGAUCUAUGGCUCGCUGCACGCCGUCUUCUCGUCCUUCGGCCCUCUCUACCUGUUAAAGGUGUGUCCUAACGUGGCGCUCGGCCCGCCCGGGUUUUACGCCCUCAUCAAGUUCUACUCAGCAGCUCAGGCCGGCCGCGCCCAGCGGAGCACUGACGGCCGCACGCUGCUGAGGAGCACGCCGCUGAAGGUGAGGCUGAGCUCCAAACAGACGCCUCACUUCCUGUCUGACAGCAGACCUCUGAGCCACGCUCGCUGCCUGGAACUGGCCAAUCACUGCCUGGGAUUCAACGGCUGGACCUCUGACAUCAUCACACUGAAGGAGCUCACCAACGAAGAAGAAGGGGAAGAGGAUGGCGGCUUGUGUUGUCGUCUCCGGUUCGGCUGUCUGCUGCAGCUUCACUUCCCCCGACAUGGACAGACGAGCAGAGGAACCGCCGUGGUGGAAGAGAGCUUCACCUGCACAGGUCCAGAUGUUCUGCUGCACAAACGCUGUCAGCUCCAGAAGGCAGUGAGACAGAAAGCUCUGGUCCACGCCUUCAGCCCCGUGCUGCUCAUACUGACAGGUAACAAGGUGAUGGUGGAGCUGAAACAGACCUCAGAUCAGCUGCAAGUUGAGCAGACUGAAGGAAUCCUUCAGGUGAACGAGUGUUCGUGGAGUGACUGUCCCGUUGUGGAGGAGGAGGAGGAUGAAGAGGUGGAGCUGACCGUGUCGUAGAGGAUUGUUGGAUGUUUCACUCAGCCGUUUUCAUGUUUAAUUAUUAAAUAAAUCUGUUUUAGUUAUGUAAACUUAGUGAAUGUGAAACUGAUCUGAUUGGUUGUGUCUGUGUAUAAAGCUGUCAGUGUUUGUUCUGGCAGAAUAAAUGAAGUGUAAAAACUAAA